UGAACACCGCCACCAGCCAAACAACAAGCAUGGCGUCGGCUAACAGCGAAUUCUACCUACGAUAUUACGUUGGUCAUAAAGGAAAAUUUGGCCACGAAUUCCUUGAAUUUGAAUUCAGACCCGAUGGCAAGCUUCGGUAUGCAAAUAAUUCCAACUACAAAAAUGAUGUGAUGAUCAGGAAAGAGGCAUUUGUACACAAAGCUGUGACAGAAGAACUGAGGAGACUUGUAGAGGAUAGUGAAGUAAUGCAGGAAGAUGAUGGGCUGUGGCCACCCCCGGACCGUGUGGGUAGACAGGAGUUGGAGAUUGUUAUGGGAGAUGAACACAUUUCAUUUACAACAAGCAAGAUUGGGUCACUUAUUGAUGUCAACAAUAGCAAGGAUGCUGAAGGGCUGAGGACAUUCUACUACCUUGUACAAGACAUAAAGUGUUUCGUAUUUUCUCUCAUCGGUCUACAUUUCAAGAUCAAGCCUAUAUAAAUAUGUAUACUGGACACUUUUGCUCUUUUGAAAUAAGUUUUCAUUUUUUGACAGGAAUAUAUCUGGGCCUGUAUGUUUUGAAUAGAUGUGUGAUGUUAGAAACACACAAAAUACAUACAGUACAGCUACAUUUGAUAAUGCUUACUUCAAUAGUUAAAAUGAAUUAAUGGAAUUAGCAGUAAGAGUUUCCCUUUACUAAUCAGAAACUGUCAUCUAAAUGUACUGUGCAGUACUGUAUAUUUUUUUAUUAAGUGCAUCAUGUACCACUUAUUUAACCUGGUCUUCAGACAUGGUUAGAAGAGGAAAAGGUGUAAAUUUUAAGCAGAAUAAGAAAAUAUACAAACCCAGUAAUAAAUACUGUAGGAUGUUGUAUUUGUGGUCUUUCGGAAGCAUGGCCAUUGAAAUGCAUUUGUUUAGUAUUUCAAACUAAUUUACUGCAUAUAUACUAUAAAAUGCAUCGAUUCUACAGUGUUCGUAGAUAUAAAACAUUGUAAUUUUUCAUACUAUCAUUUGUCGAUAAGUUCUGGUUUUUGGAAGCAAAAAAUUCUUGUUUGUAAUGAUGUUUGAGUUUUGGCCUUGAAGAUCAAGUAUAAACUUCAAUAUCCUUUGCCUUUUUCAUAACCUGCAGAUUGUUUAGUAGAGUGCAUUAUGAUGUCUCAAAUUCAUCACAUUUUGAAUAAAUUGUUUUGUAGUUUUUCUCUUAAAAAGGA